AUGGGUGUUACCGGUCUUUGGACAGUGUUGCAGCCAUGCGCCCGACCCAUUAAACUCGAGACACUCAACAAGAAACGGCUGGCCGUCGACGCGUCAAUCUGGAUUUACCAAUUCCUGAAAGCAGUGCGCGAUAAGGAAGGUAACGCGCUCCGCAAUUCACAUGUUGUCGGAUUCUUUCGGCGAAUAUGCAAGCUUUUAUACUUUGGAAUCAAGCCAGUAUUCGUCUUCGAUGGCGGCGCACCGGUUUUGAAACGACAGACGAUCGCGGCGCGGAAGAAAAGAAGAGAGGGUCGAAGGGAAAAUGCGACAAGGACUGCGGGAAAGUUGCUUGCUGUGCAGAUGCAGCGGACCGCAGAGGAAGAAGCAGAAGCGCGACGACGGAAUAAAAAACGCCCCCAAGCCGAAGAGGGAGUGGUGCCUGACGCCCCCGUCUACGCAGACGAGGCUCUCAUGAACGAGCAGGAAAGACAAAAGAAUCGAAAGUUCAAGAAAAAGGAUCAAUACCACCUGCCGAACCUGGAUGUCUCGCUUGAAGAAAUGGGUGCCCCGAAUGACCCUCGAAUCAUGUCACAGGCAGAGUUGGAAGAAUACGCACGUCAAUUCCACCAGGGCCAAGAUAUCAACCUCUACGACUUUUCUAAAAUAGACUUUGACAGUCCCUUCUUCCUCAGUCUCCCGGCCACGGAUCGAUAUAAUAUUCUGAAUGCGGCCCGGCUCAGGAGUCGACUGAGAAUGGGUUAUUCCAAAGAACAACUUGAUACCAUGUUUCCAGACCGCAUGGCCUUUUCAAGAUUUCAGAUUGAACGAGUUACGGAACGAAAUGAUUUAACGCAACGACUAAUGAAUAUCAACGGCAUGAACGGAGAGGAGGCAUUCUACAAGUCUGGACAGCGAAUUGCCGGCGAGCGUGGUCGAGAAUACGUCCUGGUCAAAGAUAGCCAAAACGAAGGUGGCUGGGUAUUAGGUGUUGUGGGGAACAAGCAAGCUGGACAUGAAGACAAGCCGAUUGAUGUAGACCAAUAUGGCCUGCCAGACCCAGUCUCGGAGUCUGACGAGGUGUCGGAUGAUGACGAAUUCGAGGAUGUGCCCAUCGAAGGGAUCAACAGACUACCCAAGCUGCCCUUCCUUCAAGAGGGAGUAUUCGAUAACUCUCUGCAGCAGGCUCAAGAAGAUUUAGACUUGCAAAAAGCAUUGUUUGAGUCCCGCAGAAGUCAACAAACUACUUUUGCCCAAAAUGCCGAUAUGAAUGCGCUUUUUGUUCAAGGCGAUCAGGACAUUCUCUCACGACCCCAGUAUCAAGAUUCCGACAUCUUUGAAGAUGAAGACCAAGACGAGCUCGCGAGAGCCCUCGCACUGUCAAUGCAGCCUAAUGACGAUGCAGACGAAGACAUGCCCGAUAUUACUAUCAACCGGCCUUUGCAGACCGUAGCUGCUCCCGAUUCUUUGCUGCCAGAACCGAACUUUGAUGAAAGUGACGACGACAUGGACUUUUCAGCUGCGGUCGCCCAGACAAAGGUGUCCGAGAAGAAAUCUCUCAUUGAGAAUCCUUUCUCCGGGCCGCUCCCUUUCGAAUCUAUUUCACUAAACAAAGCCACUAAACAGCCCGAGGAAACUCCUGAGCUAGACGAAGAUGCAGGUGGUUUCCUUAAGGAGUCUACAAGUAAAAAGAAGAAGGCUGAACCGCUUCCCCCGUGGUUUUUUGGGGAGAAGUUGAGUGAGGAAUUUAUUGAGGAGCCAACCUUCGAGAACGAGGGCAAGGAUCAGAUUGACACACACGAAGAUCACUUGUUCCUUUCAAACCGACGAUCACCGGAUAUCAUUGUGGUUGAUGACACUCCAGAAACUAAGGAAGUGAUCGAUCUAGAGGCAGAGUCGGACCAAAAGGUUCCCGAGGUCCCGAUGCCCACUGAAGCUGUCUCAUCAGUAGACACAGAGCCAAUCAAGGCGGCAUCUCCUCUUCACCCAUCUGCGACUGCAGAGUCUACCGAAGGUGACAUUAUCGAUAGUUCGUUCGAGGACAAAGCUCCAACGGGAGGACCUCACGUAGUGACUCUCGAAGACACGACAGAAGCUAGUGCACCAGGCCGGUCUUCCCAGGAAGAGACAUCUCCCGAGCCCGAGUUUGAAGAUGUCAUGCCCCUAUCUCCCGCUCCUAUUCCAGGCCAAGGCCCUCCUCCUGAGAUUACUAUCGCCACCGAUCGCCAUCCCGAACCGCAAGAGGCGCUUGCGCUUCCUGAGCUGCUCGUCCAAGAUGACGGCGAAUUCAGUGACCCCGAGGAUGAAGAUCUCAUGCGACAACUAGCAGCCGAAGGGGAGGAGCACGUUCGAUUUGCACAAACCCUCAACUCGGAGGUCCUACUUAAUCAGGAAGACUAUGAGAAAGAACUCAAGCAGUUGCGAAACCAGCAGCGGAAAGAUCGACGAGAUGCAGACGAAGUCACUCAGAUCAUGAUCAACGAAUGCCAGCAGCUUCUCCAACUUUUUGGACUGCCAUAUAUCACCGCACCCAUGGAGGCUGAGGCACAGUGUGCGGAGCUCGUCACCUUGGGACUUGUAGAUGGGAUAGUCACCGACGAUAGUGAUACGUUCCUCUUUGGCGGCACCCGCGUCUACAAGAACAUGUUCAAUCAGAGCAAAUUUGUGGAAUGCUAUCUAUCCUCCGACUUUGAGAAGGAGUAUGCGCUUCAUCGGCGCAAGCUCAUCAGCUUUGCACAUCUUCUCGGCAGUGAUUAUACUGAAGGUAUACCGGGUAUUGGCCCCGUCAAAGCCCUCGAGAUCAUCACCGAGUUCUCCAGCCUGGAAGAGUUUCGGGAGUGGUGGACAGAGCUCCAAACCGGAGUCAACAAGCCAGAUGAUACGCAUCUAGCCUUUCGGAAGAAAUUCCGCAAACAAGCCUCCAAGAUCUUCCUUCCACCGUCGUUCCCCAACACCAACGUUGAUACCGCCUACCUCGAGCCCGAAGUCGAUGCGGACCCGUCACAAUUCCAAUGGGGUGUGCCCGACCUGAAUGGUCUUCGGCAUUUCCUCAUGACGACGAUCGGCUGGAGUCAAGAGCGCACCGAUGAAGUCCUAGUGCCGGUCAUUCGAGACAUGAACCGGCGGACGCAGGAAGGCACGCAGUCGAACAUUACACAGUUCAUGUCAGGCCCUCUAGGCGCGGGAGCAUUUGCGCCACGAGUGCGCGGCGGUGGUCCCAGCCGAAUGGAAAAGGCCUUUGGCCGACUGCGGCAGGAGGCGCGUGGUGGGCGAGAGGCUUCACCCAGCCAGGAGGCUGCAGCUGCAACUUCGGCAGGGGAAACAGCCACAAAUGAUCGGCCCGAAGAGGGCUCGAGCUCGGGCAAACGUGGGAAAGCCACCAAAGGAGGCGCCAGUAAGAAGCGAAAGACUCGGGUGGACUCGUCGGCUGCAUGA